AUUAAAUGGGUAAUGCUUGUUCUUGUCAGUGCUAAACCAAAGGAAUGGACGAAGUGGAACUCAAUACUAAUUAAAAACAGUUAAGCUAACAAAAACCUAGUGCUAAACUAGAUGUGGGUCAACAUUAGGAGAAUGAUGUACAAAAGAGAAAUUAUGAUUAGGGAAAAGAGAAAAACGGGGCGCAUCUUAAGGAUGAAGACGUUGCUUAAAUGGCAGGAGCAAGAAACAAUUCAAUAGAGGACAGUUCUUCUCCGAAAUUAAUGAAAAGGGAAAAUGGUAAAAUAUUAUGAUGAGAGUGUAGACGAUAACAAACCAGAGGAAUAAUAUUUGUCAUUAGUUUAAUCGACGAAAGGAAAAUUUACUAGGAUGAAGCUGAGUGCAAUAGAAAUGAAAAAUGGAGGAGUUUAUGAAGGGGAAUGGAAAAAUUGCUUAAGAGACGGUUAAGGGAAAUACGUUUGGCCCGAUAGGAGCUUUUAUGAAGGAGAGUGGGUCGAAGAUAAGGCUAAUGGAUUUGGAAAACUAGGUAGAUUAAAAUUAUAAAAUUAAAGUGCAUGUGGAUGGUGAUAUUUAUGAAGGUUAAUGGUUGGAUGACAUGGCAAACGGUCGUGGAGUUUACAUUCAUAGUGGUUAUUAAAUUGGAUAAUAAAUUAGGCGGGGCCAGAUAUGAAGGAGAUUGGAAGAACGAUUUAUAGCAUGGCUAAGGAGUGGAGGUUUGGCCAGAUGGUGCUAAAUAUGAAGUAUAUAGAUUAUGAGUACUAUAUUGUUAGGGUAGAUAUGAAAAUGGAAAGAAACAUGGUCAAGGCACUCUCACAUUUGCUGAUGGUAGCUACUAUAAAGGAGAUUUCGUUGAGAAUGACAUCACUGGAUAUGGAGAAUAUUAUUGGAAAGAUGGUAAGUCAUAUAAAGGUUAAUGGAAUAAUAGUAAGAUGAAUGGAAAGGGUAUCACUCAAUGGGCAGACGGGAAACGAUAUGAUGGAGAUUACAAGGAUGAUAAAAAACAUGGUUUUGGGAUUUUCUAAUGGGAAAAUGGAAGAAAGUACGAGGGAUAUUGGAUUAACGGCAAAUAACAUGGAAAAGGAAUGAUUACUUUGCCCAAUGGUGAGAAAAAAGAGGGAUUGUGGGAAAAUGGUAAAAGAGUCAAAUGGUUAAACUUAGAUGAAUCUCCAAAUAAUUGA